GUUUUCCUCACAUUAACAUUUUUCUUCUACUCAACGCAAGUUAGAAGCGAGACGACUGGCAGGAUCCUGUCGUUGGGAGCUUUGUCUCGGAGGUUUAUUUACCUUUUCGCUUCAUCAUCUGAUGCCCGAAAAGACAGCCCACUGGCUGCGCCUGUUCGCCGGUAUGGGAGAACGUCGCAAACUCGGCGAUGUGGCCCUGGACCUUUUACUGUUUGCUGGCAUGAUGACGGCCGGCUUAUACAUCACUCGAAAUUUCCUCAACCCCCUACUCAGCAAUCUUGCCGAUCCCGACAAAGAAAAGCACGAGCAGGCCCGACGACAGGCAAAGGCGCACCUCGAGCGCUUGAACCGUCGAAAGAAUGCAGAUGGCCUUGAGAGCAACGAGAACAGCUCAGAGGACCGGGCCAAAGUAGAGGAUCUCGUGCUCAAUGAAUACGAAAACUUGGUAGCGCUGGAGAUGGUUGCGCCAGAAGAUAUCCAUGUUGGUUUUGAUGAUAUCGGUGGCUUGGAUAUGAUCAUUGAAGAGUUGAAGGAGUCAGUCAUUUACCCUCUGACUAUGCCGCAUCUCUAUGCUCACGGUUCUUCCCUUCUAUCUGCACCCUCUGGCGUCUUAUUAUUUGGCCCCCCUGGCUGUGGUAAGACGAUGCUUGCCAAAGCUCUUGCCCAUGAAAGCGGUGCUUCCUUUAUCAACUUGCACAUUUCGACUAUGACUGAGAAGUGGUACGGUGACUCCAACAAGAUCGUCCGCGCCGUCUUCUCUUUGGCGCGUAAGAUGCAACCGGCUAUUAUUUUCAUUGAUGAAAUCGAUGCCGUCCUUGGUACGAGACGAAGCGGCGAACAUGAGGCUAGCGGCAUGGUCAAGGCUGAAUUUAUGACUCUAUGGGAUGGCUUGACGUCAUCCAACUCCUCUGGUAUGCCUGCUCAGAUCGUUGUACUUGGAGCCACCAACCGAAUCCACGAUAUCGACGAGGCCAUUCUCCGACGCAUGCCGAAGAAGUUCCCAGUACCACUCCCCGGUCAACAGCAGCGACGCAAGAUCUUGGAACUCGUCCUCCAGGACACAAAGACAGACGGUGACAACUUCGACAUUGACUACAUUGCAAAGCUUACCGCUGGCAUGUCUGGUAGCGAUAUCAAGGAGACCUGCCGUGAUGCGGCAAUGGCCCCUGUCAGAGAGUUUAUGAAGGAACAUAGAGGUUCUGGACGAUCCAUGAACAAGGUAGAUCCAACCCAGUUCCGCGGCGUCCGCACCGAUGACUUUUUUGGAAAUCACGGCGGCCAGUUGCCAAAGGGUUCCGGUGGUAGCCGAAAACAGGCGUCCAGAAGUACCAAGUCGACGAGCCGAGCAUCCAACAACGACGAUGAUGAAUAUGAAGAUGUCGAUGAGCUGGUUGUUGAGGAACAGGACUAAUCCCACGUCUUAUAUUAGAAUCACAUAUCUGUAUAAUAAGUUAGAAGCCUGUUAGCGACCGCCCGCGCUGAUCUACGACUGCUUCUAAGUGGAAGCUUGGAUCGUGGGUAUUCACGAUGGUAAAAAUCUCAUGUCAAAUCUAGAUAUCUAGCUCCUUUCGCAAGAAUUAAGUCUGCCCUUAAAUAAUUGACUUUUAUAGAACUGUU